AUGCCUGGUCCGCCAAAACUAUUGACUAGCAGCAUGCUGGAUGGCCCGUACGUACCCCCACCACAGCAUUGGGAGGAGCGUAUCCGAAGCGAACUUAUCCAUUGCGCCAAAAGCAAUGUAUUGCAGCUGCGAGUACGGGGCCCUCCACUCAGUCCUACCCUAGAUAAUGCCUAUCGCGAGGUUAGCGACGAUCUAAUGUUCCUCUUCGAAAAAUAUCUGAAGACGAAAUACAUGUCCUACCCUCAGAUGGAGACAUUCGUCGAUACAUUUCUAGUUGGCACAACCGAUGAGUGGGUGGCAAGCGUACGUAAGAAGAUGAAAGGAAAACGGGAUCGUAGAGCCCUGAAAACCAUCGUCGACUUCUGUGAAAAGAGGGAAUUUUGUGAGGACUCUCCGGGAUACAAUUGGGUUCGACAUGGCGAUGUCGGAGACAAAUACGACAAGAGAAAGCAGGUGAAUCUGCCACCGGGCUGUGGCAAGUCCAUUUUGGACAUCAGUCGCGUCCUUCCGAACCAUGAGCUUGUGGAACUAGGAGGACGUGAACAGCCAUUCUUGAAGCAUCCAAAGCAGCUGCUUGACGAGAGGAAGCCUCUGAAAGCAAGCGUCGACUCUACAAGCAUCAUUCAGCCUGAAUUUCCCCCUAAGCAAGAGGCGUUUUAUCAUCCGCGGAAUGUACGGCGACCCCGUCGAGUCAACCGGAAAUGCAAUUUUUAG